GCUCGGCCACUAUCCGGUUGUUUAACUUACGUUUCUCUCGACAAAAAUACCUAAGCCAGUAUACAGAAGAUCAAGAUUGCAUGGAUUGCAGACAGGGAACAUCUGAGCCAUUCGUAUGCAAACAUUGCUCCUCUGGUUUGAGGCACAGGCAUAUUUUACUUCCGAAAGGCACACAAGACGUUGGCGCUACAAAACGAUUCUCAUCUCGUACCGCCAGUCAUUGCUGGUCGAUGACACAGCUACCCUUUCCUUGUUCUUUUUAGACUUGCCCGCGGGAAUUGACUACGUUGCUUUUCAUUCCGCGUGGGGCCAGCAUGUCAUACACAUGGGGUUCUCUGUUUACUGGUUCUAAAAUCCUGUUCUAUAUACUCUUCUGGGGUUCUCAUAUUGCGGUGUUUGCACUUGGGUGGUAUUUCCAAGCCAACAAUUCAAAAUUGGAUGCCCUCAAUGCCCUCGAAUAUUCCGUCUGGAUCUCCAGAGGUGCAGGCUUAGUACUGACAUUCGAUGGAACCCUGAUUCUGUUGCCCAUGUGCAGGAACAUUGUCAAAACUCUCAGGCCUAGGAUCCGAUGGCUACCGCUCGAUGAAUCAAUAUGGUUCCACCGCCAAGUCAGCUAUGCUCUGCUUAUCUUUACCAUUCUCCAUGUGGCCGCCCAUUAUGUCAACUUUUAUAAUGUCGAGAAGAACAACAUUCGGCCCGUUACAGCCGUUCAAAUACAUUUCACUGAAGCAGGGGGGAUUACAGGUCACGUAAUGCUCUUUUGCAUGAUGCUAAUAUAUACUACGGCUCAUCACCGGAUCCGCCAGCAGUCGUUUGAGACCUUCUGGUAUACUCACCACUUAUUCGUGCCCUUUAUGUUAGCCCUCUACACUCACGCUACGGGUUGUUUUGUUCGCGACUCUACAGAACCAUACUCACCCUUCGCGGGUGAAGAUUUCUGGAAACAUUGUAUCGGAUACGAAGGAUGGAGAUGGGAGCUAGUAGCAGGUGGUCUUUACCUCCUCGAAAGGCUCUAUCGUGAGAUUCGAUCUCGGCGUGAAACAGUAAUAACAAAGGUGAUCCGUCAUCCAUACGAUGCCAUGGAGAUCCAAUUCCGUAAGGAGAGCAUGAGGUACAAAGCCGGCCAAUGGCUCUUCAUCCAAGUCCCUGAGGUGUCGAGCAACCAAUGGCACCCCUUUACCAUCACCUCCUGCCCGUUUGACCCGUACAUCAGUAUCCACGUCCGCCAAGUGGGAGACUUCACACGAGCCCUCGGUGACGCCCUUGGAUGCGGACCGGCCCAAGCCAGAGACCUCGAAGGCCUCGACCCGCUCGGAAUGUAUGAGGUUGCGCUUGAAAACGGACAGAAAAUGCCUCAACUCCGCGUCGACGGACCCUACGGAGCCCCAGCCGAGGACGUUUUCGAAAACGAAAUCGCUGUUCUCAUUGGAACUGGAAUCGGCGUCACACCAUGGGCAUCCAUCCUAAAGAACAUCUGGCACAUGCGCGCUGGACCUAACCCGCCCCGUCGUCUUCGCCGCGUCGAGUUCAUCUGGGUCUGCAAGGAUACCUCUUCUUUCGAAUGGUUCCAGGCUCUCUUAUCCUCACUCGAGUCCCAGUCUGCCUACGAGGCAGCAAACGAAGGGCGAGUGGAAUUCUUGCGCAUCCACACCUACCUUACACAACGUCUAGACGACGACACUACCGCUAACAUCUACCUCAAUUCCGUCGGCCAGGAGGUCGACCCCCUCACGGAGCUGAAGAGUCGGACCAACUUCGGCCGUCCAAACUUCCAGCGUCUCUUCACUGCUAUGCGCGAUGGUCUCCAAGACGGGACAUACAUGCCUGGCUUAUAUGCCGAAUUUGCAACGCAGAUCGGAGUAUAUUUCUGCGGACCCAAUGCCGCUGCUCGGCAGAUCAGGGAAGCUGCCAUCACAUCGGCAACUAAGGAUAUUAAGUUCAAGUUCUGGAAAGAACACUUCUAAUAAGGGGUUUGUUUUGGAGAGGAGAGCCGGGUCUAGUGGCUCCGGUGAAUUUUUUUGAUGAGUUACGAGUUUUCUUUAUCGACAUCUUUCUUUCCCCUUUUCGACAAUGCGAGUUGCGUGUCAUUGAACUAGUGUAUGUACCUGAU